AUGGCUAAGAUCACAAUCAACGUCAUCAUAGACUUAGGGUGUCCCUUCUGCUACGUAGCCUUAAAACGUAUCACGAGAGCUAUUCAGACGCACCAAGAUAGAUGUCCUGACGAUUCGAUCAUAGUCCAGUGGCAUCCGAUGAUUCUUCAACCAAACGCACCUAAGGUCUCCAUAGAUAUUUCAACCUACAUUGCCUCAGUGUUUGGACCAGAGGCGCGAGACGCAAAAUUAGAACGCGAACAGACGCUUGGUCGCGCCGAAGGCAUUAAUUUCAACAAUUGCCGCAAGAUUGGCAGCACAUACGAUGGUCAUCGCUUGGUGCAUCUUGCUGGCGAGAAAUCCAGCACGGUGCAGCUUGCUGUUGUAGAAAGGUUGUUCAAAGGUCAUUUUGAGGAUGGCCAAGACCUGUCAUCCCAUGACUUUCUUAAGAGCGUAGCCGUAGAAUCAGGCAUUAGGAGAUCGGAGGCUAAAGCUUGGUUAAAUUCACGCGCAGGUGAUAUUGAAGUUGACGAGAAGAUUCGCAAGGCAACUAUGAGAGGAGUCAGAGUCGUUCCCGACAUCACUAUUGCUGGGCGCUAUCUAAUUGGGGCUGGUUAUGACACGAACUGUUUAAUUUAUAUACUAGGAAAAGCUAGAGCAGGGGAAGUCUAA